AAUCAAUAGAUGAAUAUUAAAGCUAAAAGGCUCAGAGUUUGUCAGAUAGCUUAUUUGUUUUUGUUUACUCAGUUUCCCAUUAAAGAAAUGUGACAGGACCGUGUAAGGAUAGCAGUAGGUGUAAAGUUACCUGCCCGUUGCUGAGCAACAUCCGACAACAUUAAAGACACUCAGAUCAGGUUAGACACCCGCUUCAGAUCAGCUUUUAACAGAGAAGAAGCUUAGAGACUUCAGCACAGCAUCUGAUCCCAGCAAACAGAUUGAGUUCAGGUUGUUUGGUUUGAGGGCGAAUUUCCAGAUGUCUUUAAAUACGGAUAGAAGACUCUCACAGAUUAAAGAAUACAGGUUUGACAGCAUGACAGAGAUCAAUUAGAGGAAUGUUCAGGAAGAUCAACAAUGUGUUCCGCCCCAACCACCAUGGACACAAAGGACGAGGCGAUGGUGGUGGUGGGUUUCRGUCCAGGCAGGACUACCACGACGCCUGCACAGUCCGGCUGGUCCGCAGCACCUCCAUGCUUGUUGUGAGAGAGAGAGCUCAGACUGCCGAGGGCUCCACUUUAAAGCGGAGCAAGAGCACAGUGAGCGUGGAGUCCACUUUGUACUAUUACCAGAGACAGGAGGACAGGAUGUGGCUGUAUUCACAGAACCAGAAUUGCCUGGAGUACCUGGAAGCACUUAUGGCUCUUCGAAGGCAGUACACACAGAGCGUGAGCAACUUGAAAAGUAAUGAGGCCAAGGCCACAGAAGCUUCAAAGAAGAAGAAACCUGCACCUGUACCUCCUACAAAGGAGAAAACGAUAUCAAGAGUCAAACCCACCGCACCUCCAGCCCCUAACGAGGAGGACACAUUACAGUUCUUUGAUGAGGUCAUCGCCAGCUGUGACAGCGAACCUCUGCGGAAACCUUACAGGGAUGACGGCAACGCUGAUGUAGACGUCAUAGUGGCCUCCAGCUCGGCCGAGCACGACCUCCACUCCAACUGGGUCUUGAGGGUCCCACGGGUCACUGAUGAUUCCAAACAGACAGCAGCUCCAGUCUGUGCCAAUGAAAAAGUCUCCUCAAAAAAGAAGAAAAAAGCCAGUGGGUCUACAAGCAGCAGAAUGCAGCUGCAGAGGAACCCGAUCCACCUGCCCAAAGUGGUGGAGAGUGCGUUCCAGACGCUGCGCUUCAAACCCAAAUUAAAAAAGCAGUGAAGCUCCGAUGGGACAUUUGACACUACAGCGGCGCUGCCACGUUGCUAACAGAACUCAKACUGUGAUGUUUUAGUCAGGCACUGCAAACAAAACAUCUUUCCAAAAAAGCAAAAGCAAUAGUUGAAAUCUUCUAAGGUCUUUCGAGAGGUUAUAAACAAUGACCAUCUAACCUGUUGCACAAUCGCAAUUCCAAUGAAGUUUUAUUGUAUCUUCAUUGUAUCUAAAACAUAACAGAAUAUGAUGUGCAAAUCCUUUUCAAUCUAUAU